GAAGCCACAAGAUCCGGUCGCAUAGCAACCGGAAGGAACGCCAUCAGUGCACUGCACCACUGCAUAAUUCUUGCUCUUUCGGUUUUCGCUGCUUUUGCUUCGCAUCUAGGCACUACAAGUUGUUUCUGUUUGUCCUGGAAAAUUCCAUUGACCCACCUGUUUGCUUCACAAGUGGAAAGCUAGGCAAGCAAUGUCGUCCUCGAGGAAAAGUGCGUCAGGUGCAGGCUACAAGCGGAAACUGAGCGGAAAGCCAGAACCGAGCGAGGAGCAGAAGAACGACAUGAAGGAAGCGUUCAGUCUCUUCGAUCCCAGUGGCACGGGCUUCAUGGAGUCUAAAGAUAUGAAGUUUGCAAUGAGAGCACUGGGUUUUGAACCAAAAAAGGAGGAAGUGAAAAAACUCAUAGCAGAGAUUGACAAGCAGGGAACUGGAAAAAUUCCCCUGGAGGAGUUCAUGAGCGUCAUGUCCACGAGGCUGGCUGAGAAAGACAUAAAUGAGGAGAUUAUGAAGGCGUUUCAGCUGUUUGAUGAGGAUGGCACUGGGAAGAUUUCUUUCAAGAACCUCAAGAAUGUGGCCAAGGAACUGUCGGAGAACCUCACAGAUGAGGAGCUUCAGGAAAUGAUCAAUGAAGCUGACAGGGACGGAGAUGGCGAAGUGAACCAAGAGGAGUUCCUUAGGAUAAUGAAGAAGACCUGCCUCUACUGAAGGGAUUUGCAAGUCAUGUGCGGUCAUCAUGUUCGACAGCCAGCAAUCCAAACUGUGAUGAGUUUUUGGCUGUGUGCCACACCAUUUCCCACUUUGCCCAAAGUGAAAUGAGGCUACUUCCACAAGACUGCUUCCAAGCAUUACAGUUCCCUGCAGGAAAUCUGACCCAUUUCAGCCACCCUAAGUGUUGCAUGAUAAUGCUGCAGACAUGGUGUGCAUAGUAUUGCUUUACUCUGGAGCCCUGGAAAGGGAUCAUGUGCAUUAAAGAUGCAGCCUCUGCACUGAAAGGAACUUGCGAGGUCGGGUAGUGUUCGAGAAAGCAAAACACUGCCAGGAAUGGAAAUAUAAUCGGCAGAGGAGUUGAAUGGACAGCCUUUGUAACCUGCACCGAUUUAUAAAAAUUGGGGUUUGCGUUAUUUUUACAGUCCCCCUUUGGAGCGUGAAACUUUUGGGCAUUUUUCAGUGAAGGCAGAUUUGCAGUGGAUGUUGUUUACACUAGUAAUCGGUCUGCUCUGAUAAUAGACCGGGGGUAGAUCGAUAAUGUUGAAAAUUAUGCCAAACGAUUCAAAAGCUCUUUUGCAGCUCACAGUAAGAGCAUUAACAUGUCUGAGUUCUGCCAUGGGCCGUUUCUUUUCAUCUACGACGGGUUUCGUGGGAAAGUGCUAGCGUGGCAGACGCCUUUUCCUGUUUAGAAACAGUGACAGCUGUCUGCAUGUACCAACUAGAUACAGACUACUGUAGUCAGUGACAGGUUAAGAGUUCAGGGGAACCUCCUCCCACCUCUUUCCGCUCUAGUGCUCUACUAGAGUGGAAAGAGAUGGGAGGGGCUUCCCCGGAAUUGAUAGCUUCUAGCUGACCAUAGCUGCAAACUUCUUUUCUUUAAGGCGUGAAGUGAAGCUUGACAAGGCCUUAGCCCCCUCUUGGCGUACAAUCAAUUACAUAAAAACGGAGUACACACGAGCAAAAACUUUCAAUAGGGGCUACAAAUUCUCUACGGGAAAGCACAAAAAAUGGCAUACUUGUGCACAAGUAUCUUGUUCAUCUUCUAGU